UACCCGUCGUCUUGGUCCUUCUUUCAAGUUUCAUGAAUUUCUUCUCUGUCUUAAAUUAGAAAUGUCCUCAAUGGAUACCUCUAUGGCCUUCAAGACUUGGGAAAUGUCCAAUAAUAUGGAGACAAUUAACAGCGUAGAUGAGAUUUUCAAGUAUGACCGCCAGCAACAGCAAGAAAUUCUUCAAGCAAAACCAUGGCAGAAAGACCCUCACUACUUCAAGUACAUCAAAAUUUCAGCGCUGGCCUUGUUGAAAAUGGUAAUGCAUGCUAGGUCAGGUGGUACACUAGAAGUCAUGGGACUAAUGUUGGGCAAAGUUGAUGGCAACACUAUGAUUGUCAUGGAUGCAUUCGCUUUACCAGUGGAAGGAACAGAGACAAGAGUGAAUGCACAGGCUGCAGCUUAUGAGUACAUGGCAGAGUACAUUGAAUCAUCUAAAUUGGUUGGUCGUCUGGAGAAUGCCAUUGGUUGGUACCAUAGUCACCCUGGUUAUGGCUGUUGGCUGUCAGGAAUUGAUGUUGGUACACAGAUGGUGAAUCAGCAGUUUCAGGAACCAUUUGUUGCUAUUGUGAUUGAUCCCACACGAACUAUUUCAGCUGGAAAAGUGAAUUUUGGAGCAUUUCGCACAUAUCCCAAGGGAUACAAGCCACCAGAUGAAGGACCUUCUGAAUACCAGACUAUUCCUCUGAACAAGAUAGAAGACUUUGGAGUUCAUUGCAAACAAUAUUAUUCACUGGAGGUUGCAUAUUUCAAGUCAUCUUUAGAUAGAAAGCUUCUUGAGAUGUUGUGGAAUAAAUACUGGGUAAAUACGCUGUCAUCUUCAAGUCUACUUACGCAAAAACAUCCAUUGAGGCUAUUCAUGGUCUCAUGUCCCAAGUCAUUAAAAAUAAACUCUUCAACCAAGUUGGUGGAAAGGAGUCAACUUAAAUUCCCAGUAAACCUGGUGCUAAGAUUUUAAUGUUAUUUACUGGCCUUGAGAUUGUUAUAGAAAACCAUGAUGUAAAUGUAAAUAUGUUUGCAGAAUAAAGAGUUAAGUUUGUAGCAUA